GUUUGUCUGACUGGAAAAUCUUAUCAAGUUCCCUGUUUUGUUUUGUUUUUGGUUUUUUUUUUUUUCUUUUCUUUUGCUUUUUGUGUAUAUGGGUGUGGGCCGUUAAGAGAUAACCAUCAGGUUUGGGGAGUAGUUUUGUUCGUUGUCUGACAGAGAAAGCUCCAAUUGUUAGCACUAUGGAGAACAAGAAGCAAGUGGCUGCCUCUUCAUCUUCAACUUCGGAUCUUCUUUUUGGUCCCAUGGACUCAAAUUCAGCGUCUUCAACAUCCACCACUGGAUAUUUUGGCUCUAUUUUCCCACAACUGGUUGUGGAAAGAGAGAAAAAUCAGGAUGUUGGGCCUGGAAAAGUUGGGAAUCCAGAUAAUGCUUCUGUAAAUUGCAUGAAUGGAACUGGUGGUGCAAAUGGGAAAGGUGAAAGCUCCAUCUAUCUGAACGAAACUAUGGAACCAAGUUACUUUAGUUCCUCCAUCUUUUACGGUGGCCAAGAAAACUACUCCCCAAGAACUAAACUCUCAGAAUCUCACCAUAAUUUUAAGAAAGAAGAGGACAACGAUGCAAUUGGAAGCAAUUCAAACUCUGCUUCAAGAGGAAACUGGUGGAAGGGUUCUCUUUAUUACUGACACCCCAUCAUCCUGGGAUUUCCAGCUGCAUAGGGCUUGAUUAUAUUAUCAUUUACAAGUGAAACUACCAUAUAGAAAUAAAGUAGAGUUUGAAGAGGUCCCAUGGGUUUGGUCAAUGAAUGAAAGCUUGUAUGGUUCAUAUAGUGUGGGGAUGUUAGUGAAUUUUGGCAAGUGUGCGUUCCAAAGCUGAAGAAUGCUCUGAUGUAGCUUUCUUCUGCAUCCAACUUGAACUCUUUUCAAUAUCUCCAUCUUAAUCUUUCCUUAUUAUCUGUUACUGUAAUAACUAUGUUCACACAGUAUCUGAUGAGUCUAGUUCAGUUUACUAUUAUUGUUCCUGCUGCU